AUGAAAAAUUCCGGUGUCAAUCUAAGUAUAAGUCCAUCACAUCCACGUCAACGUUUAGCAAAUCCAAUGGGAACAAUUAUUUCACCUGUAUCAAAUAUUCUUAUUUCAAAUGGUGAUUUAUCUUUUACUAGUGAUAGAGAUCAUAAAAAUUCCCAUCGAAGUUAUAAACGACGUAGUGUAUCGGC